GGCGGCUUCCAACAGAAAAAUAAAAUACAGUAAUCUAUUAAACAUUUAAAGCCUCCCUAAACAGGGCUGCAUUCAGAUGUCUUCUAAAAGUCUGGUAGUUGUUUUUCUCUUUGACAUCUGACCGGAGAGCGUUCCACAGGGCGGGCGCCACUACCGAGAAGGCCCUCUGCCUGGUUCCCUGCAACUUGGCUUCUCACAACGAGGGAACCGCCAGAAGGCCCUUGGUGCUGGACCUCAGUGUCCGGGCAGAAUGAUGGAGGUGGAGACGCUCCUUCAGGUAUACUGGACCAAGGCCAUUUAGGGUUUUAAAGGUCAACACCAACACUUUGAAUUGCGCUCGGAAACGUAUUGGGAGCCACGUACUGGAACAUUAGCUGAGUAAUGAUUAGAUCAGCAGAAUCACUGCUUGAAUUUCACAGGACCAGAGAGGGAUGAUUUGCUCAUGGUUGACCAUCAUGGCAACUGUUUUUAGGAGGCUUUGGGUGGGGAUGAUUGGUUAAAACUGGAGAAUUCUGCAUGGGGACUGGGGAUUUCCCUAAAGGCCUCUCUACCUUCUUUGCCAUGUGUUGCUAAAAGGCUACUUUAAGAGUUAUAAUAGCUUACCUGUUGAUAUUAUCAUACAGUUGGAAGAGAACUCCAGAGGUCUUCUUGUCCAACUCCUUGCCAUUGCACAAAGUCUCCUGCAUUGGCCUGAGGUUGAACUAGAUGACCUGUCCAGUUAUCUUCCAAAUCUGUGAUGCUACGAGCAGGUCAGAAACUAAAAAAUAAUACUCCACUUUGAUGACUUCUGAUUUUGACACAGCGGUGGUGUCAUUUUCUAGGAGUGUGGAGUUUUGAAACCUUUUUUUGUCAUGGCCAAAUAUUUGGAUAAACAGUGAAACCUGGUGCUUAAAUGGCAACUUUCUGCUCUCACCAGAACAAAGCAGAAAAUUCACUAUCGUCUAGUGAAAUCCUCAGGCACCUGGUUGAAAUUCCCCUUCCCACUCACCCUGUACGUACAAGACUGAAGCAAGCAGCCCUGUAAAGACCGAAAUCAUUCAGCAUGCCCCUAAAACAGAACUUCUCUCCUUUUGCUGACCUAUAUUUGCCAGGCAGCCUUACACACCUUUUAAAAGAGGACAUUCCAGAUUCUUUCUCUCUGCUUUGCGACAGCUGACGCUUUUUGUCAAGUGGCCAAUUUUUCAGUACGCAACUUCAGGGAAGUCGACAACAGGCUGCAUCUGUGUGCUACGUUCUGUUCCUUACACUUUCUCGUCUUUGUUUAACUAGCUAGGCAAGGUGAGUUUGGCUCAUCUGGGGGUGGAAUUCUUCCUGCAAUGGUGGUUUUUCAUUACACAACAGUUGCUUUAAAGCCACCAUGUCAACAGAUCUGCUGAGUGGCAUCGCCUCUUUAAUUUGGGAGGCGGGGAAGGCAGAGGUGUAGGAGGAGAAACUGACUUCACAGCUGCAACAGAAAACCGUGUGUUAUGUGCAUCCUUACUGUUCCUGUUUCUCGACUAUAUAUUGGCCUCUUCUACGCUUCCAAGGAGGCUGGUGUAAGUGGAGCUCAGCUUUCUUGGUCCCUGGAAGCAGAAGCAAAAUGCCACGUGGGGAAUACAAAUUAGAGUACAAGAAAGAUUCCUCGGGGGACGGCGUGAGCACCAUUUGCAACACCACACUACCAUCUCAGCUUUCUGACUCUACAGAUGAAUUUACCACCUACUUUGAUCAGAAAAUACCUGUACCUGAAGAUGAAAAGCAUCCAUUGUUCAGUUUUCGAAAACUCUGGGCCUUCACUGGGCCAGGGUUUCUCAUGAGCAUAGCCUACUUGGAUCCAGGCAACAUAGAAUCGGAUCUGCAGUCUGGCGCCAUUGCGGGCUUUAAGCUGCUCUGGGUUCUCUUGCUAGCCACGAUCAUUGGCCUGCUCUUGCAGCGACUGGCAGCGAGGCUAGGAGUGGUAACAGGACUUCAUCUGGCAGAAGUAUGCAACCGGCAAUAUCCCAAGGUCCCUCGGAUUAUCUUGUGGUUGAUGGUGGAGCUUGCCAUUGUUGGCUCAGAUAUGCAAGAAGUCAUUGGCUCAGCCAUCGCCAUUCACCUCCUGUCCGUUGGGAUAAUCCCUUUGUGGGGCGGAGUUCUCAUCACAAUUGCUGACACCUUUAUGUUUCUCUUCCUGGACAAGUACGGCUUGAGGAAACUGGAAGCUUUUUUCGGGUUCCUGAUUACCAUUAUGGCCAUUACAUUUGGAUAUGAGUAUUUUAGGGUGGGGCCAAACCAGGGCCAGUUGCUGAAAGGGAUGUUCAUGCCGUACUGUGAAGGCUGUGGCGUUCCUCAGCUAGAGCAAGCCGUUGGGAUCGUGGGUGCUGUCAUCAUGCCGCACAACAUGUACUUGCAUUCUGCGCUGGUCAAGUCUCGACAGGUGAAUCGGGCCAACAAGAAGGAGGUCAGUGAGGCCAACAAAUAUUUCUUCAUAGAAUCCUGCAUUGCCCUCUUCAUCUCCUUCAUUAUAAACGUCUUCGUCGUUUCGGUCUUUGCCCAAGCCUUCUUCGGAAAGACAAACAAAGACUUGCAAGAGAUGUGUGCAAAUAAAACCUUUGCUCCACCUUCGUUGUUUCAAUCAAAUGGGACCCUGGAUGUCGAUAUCUAUAAAGGGGGUGUUGUUCUGGGUUGUUCCUUUGGCCCCGCUGCUCUCUACAUCUGGGCUAUCGGGAUUCUCGCUGCAGGUCAGAGUUCGACAAUGACAGGAACAUACUCUGGACAAUUUGUCAUGGAGGGGUUCCUCAAUCUGAAGUGGUCUCGCUUUGCUCGAGUGGUUUUGACUCGCUCCAUUGCCAUCACGCCCACCCUCCUGGUUGCCAUAUUCCAAGAUGUGGAACGCCUGACUGGCAUGAAUGAUUUCCUCAACGUUCUUAUGAGCCUGCAGCUUCCUUUUGCAUUAAUUCCAGUCCUCACGUUCACCAGUUUGCGUCCUGUGAUGAAUGACUUCGCCAAUGGCCUGGGCUGGAAGAUCGCUGGGGGAAUUCUCAUUCUUAUCAUCUGCGCCAUCAACAUGUACUUUGUGGUGUCGUAUGUAGCUGGCCUGGGACAAACCAUCUAUUAUGUGAUUGCUUCUCUCCUCAGCAUUGUCUACCUAGCCUUUGUGGCAUAUUUGACUUGGCUGUGCCUAAUAGCUCUGGGAGCCUCCUUCCUGGCCUGUGGUCGCACGUAUCACCUGGGACUCACUGGUCAUCCAGAACUCUUCCUCCUCAACAAUGUUGAUGCCGACCAAGCCUCGAUUAGAUGAAUCCCCUCCGAACUAGUAAGGAUGUGACUUUAAAGGCGAAGAACACAGAGCCCUCCUAUGCUGCCCUAAGCCAAGUUUUGAUUGGUUCGGAUGUGUUACUGCAAACAUCCAAGAAUUUGCAACUUCAAAAGAGAGAGAGAGAGGACCACAAGGGAAAAGGAAUUAUGCUAUUAAGGAUCGUCUGGUACACUGGAAAAUAGACUUCUUUAGAAGCUGUGCCUAAGGUCACCUAGAAAAGUUACAAAAAAGACUGCAGAGAGCUUGGGUUAAAUCAUUGCGAAGCUGAGAUUGUAUGUAAUAGUGAUGGACAGGCACAUAUCUUGAAAUGUGGGUUGCCACCAAACAUCUUCAAAAUACUGGAGGUGUGGGUACUAAAAUUUGAAAAGCAGUUAGUGGGAGGAGGGUACUAAACUCUUCAUUCAACCACUGGCCUAGUAAGAUCUUACUGCUGGCCUCAAAUUGGGAGAAAUGUGCCAAACUUGUUUAUUUGGAGGCAGGGUCUAGCAAUAGCAGACAGAGAGUUCCAUAGCCCUGUCCUGUCUGUCAUUUUCACUUUUGAAAGCCCUUACUUGCUUUACAGGUAUUUGACAGUGGCCCAUACUUGAAACAUAUACCGUAACUACAGUGAAGGUACUGGUAAUUUGAUUUCCACUUGAUGCAGAUCACUGUCUUUCCUAAGGGAGAAAUGAUCACACACCCCUCAAUUUCUGGAAAACUGACAAGUGUCUUUUCUGAAAGUUGAGAAAUAUCCUUCUUGGCAUUUUACCCUCCAUACUAUCCUGUUACCAAGGAGUCCAAAUGAAAUCUAGCAGGUUCACUAUUCCAGAUGGAGAAUUUGGGUUUUUGUUUGACACAGAGUACAACCAGCCUGGCUAUCCCCAUGGUCCUUCUUGCGAUCGGAUUAGGAAACUAACACACAGUGGUGCCUCGCUAGACGAAUGCCCUGUAAGACUAAUUUUUCGCUUAACGAAGAGAUUUUCCGAGCGGAGGUUGCCUCGCAAAACGGAUUCGUUUUGUGAAAAAUUCGUCUAGCGAAUCACGGUUUCCCAUAGGAAUGCAUUGAAAUUCAAUUAAUGCGUUCCUGUGGGCAAAAAAAAAAUCAAUGCAUUCCUAUGGGAUUCGCUAGACGGAUUUUUUGCAAAACGAAUUGACUCACAUAACAAAUUAAAUUCAUCUAGUGAGGCACCACUGUACAGUGGUGUGAGUUCGUUUCAUUUUGCGAAAAAUUCGUCUAGCAAAUCCCAUAGGAACGCAUUAAUUGAAUUUCAAUGCAUUCCUAUGGGAAACCGCGAUUCGCUAGACGAAUUUUUCACAAAACGAAUUCAUCUUGCGAGGCAACCUCCGCUCGUAAAAUCUCUUUGUUAAGCGAAAAAUUCGUCUUACAGGGCAUUCGUCUGGCGAGGCACCACUGUAAUUGAAUUUUCCUUGUGGCUCGGGAAAAUUGUUCUAUGUGCAGAGCUGCGAUUGCAAGACUUAAGUCCAUGAGAUUCAAGUAUAACAGCUUUCUUUUCUUUUUUCAUUUUCGAGAAGCAAAAGAACUCUAGCCUGCAACUCCUCCUCCUUCUGCCUGACCCUAUGAAUAUUUUUACAUAUUUUUACAGCACCAUCAUCGUACAGGGUGCCAUACAGCGUAACAAGAGAUCCUUUCUUUCCUUUUGACUACUGCUCAAUUUGGUACAGAGUUGUUAGGAUGAGACGGCUGGCAAAAUCUCACAUCAUCUGACUGGUUUAACUCACACUGCACAUACUUUUAGCUUAAUAUGUCACGUCUGGUUUAUUAGGUAAAUCUUGAAAUUAACAGUUUCAUAAAGAGUUGCAGCUUGUGUCAUUUACUCUGCUGCUGGUAAGUGUGUGUUUUUAAUUUACAGCAAAUUAAGGGUCGUUUCCCCCCCUGUAUUAGUGUGACAUUUUACCCGGUUAAUUUAACAGCACAUUCAUUCGCAGCUUACAUUGUAAUCCAAAGCCAAUAUAGAAGUGAUGCAAAUUUAGUUCAGGCCUUGCAGUGCUCUGUCAAGGUUUCAGGCAAUCCUCGAUAUUUGAGUAGAGUUGUUCAUUGUAUGAACAGAAGAUGGUACCUACCUGUUGCUUAAGUUUUAUCCCUGAAGUUUUCCCCAAGUUUCUAGCCCUUGUGCUCACAGAAACAGACACAUAUGCAGUAUCUGCAGAAAAUGCCAGUAUUUAAUCAAGUUUGAAGCUGUUCUGAAUUCUCUGCAUAAUCAACUUGCUAGUAAGCCGCAUUCAACUCAGUGGGACUUGAUUUUGAGUAAGGAUGCGUAGAAUCAGGUGUUGCUUUGCUUCCUACCUUAAAUUGGAUGGUGUGUGUGCAUCAAAAACAUGCCACACUCACACACACAAACAAACUUGAGCACAAGAAGAGUGUCCCACUGAACUUGGCCAAAAUAGAUAUGUUUGAACCAAACAUGGUGAGAAGGCUUCUGUUCUAAAAAUGUCACAUGUUAUCUUCCACUCAGGAUGCACUAAAUAUCUGCAGUUGUGUUACAAGACAAGGCCAGUUUCUGCUGAAUGGUAUAUAUGCAAUCUGUGCUCUGUUACAAAACCCAUUCAGGUUUCAAGGCAAGCCCUGCUGGAUCAGGUCAAAGGGCCAUCUAGUUCAGCAUCCUCAGCCAGAUGCCUAUGGGAAGCACAAGUAGAACUUGAGUACAACAGUACUCUCACAACUUGUGAUUCCUAAGUAAGAGGAAUUCAGAAGUAUAUUUGGUAUUCUUGUUUUAUAUUUGGCACUAAUUUAUAUUAAAUGUACUGAUCAUUAUUUGUUUCAACAGAGGUCCGGGUUUUCAAGUAAAUAUGUCAACUAUA